AAUUGGGAAUGUGGUCUGUACUGCGCCGCCGCGGUGGGAAGAGAAAGUUUUUGGACCGGACAGAGGCUGAUUUAAAAAAUAACUUCCUUCCUCGGCCGAGGGUCUAAAGAUGGAGUCGGGGGCGUAUAAAUGUGAGAUCAGCGCGAUCUCAAACAAACAGACUUAAAAAGGACACGAAUAGUUUCAAAAUGAAGCAUGUCACCGGGCUGUUUGCGUUCGCUUUCCUGAUGGGAGGAGCGCCCGGGACGGAGCCGAAUAACGGCUACUGCAUCGGGAAACAAUGCUUUGCCGUCUUUCCAGCGCGCAGUGAUUCCACGGCCGCGCUGGACCAAUGCAGAGACAAAGGCGGACACUUGAUGACUGUGCGCUCGUCUGUGGAGCACGACACUCUUACUCUUUUGCUGGGGAGUCUGCCGGGGAGCUUUUGGAUCGGUCUGCAUCUGCCGAGUGGCUGUCCGCAGUCUGAAGCCGGUCUCAGGGGCUUCCAAUGGGUAACCGGAGACAGUCAGUCCAACUUCCAAAACUGGGCGCUGACUUUUAGCACCAGUUGCUCCGCUCCACGGUGCGUCACCGUCUCCAAACAAGACGACUUCAAGUGGACCCAGACAUCAUGCGACGUGCACGCGGCUGGAUUUCUAUGCGAGUACAAUUUCCAAAACCCGUGCGGGCGUCUGCCCGUGCGCGUGGACGAGACUGUGACCUACAAAACACAUUACGGCUUCGAGGGCGAGGACCUGCUGUCUCUGCCGCCCGGAACCAUCGCUGUGCGCACGCCCAGCGGCACCAAACACAUCUGCUUCUCCCAGCAGUGGCUGCAGGCGCCGUGGAGCUGCGAGAUCGAAGAAGGCGGCUGCGAGGACAAAUGCGUGGGGGGUCACGGGGUGUUCUCCUGCGUGUGCCCGCCAGGAUACGCCGUGAACCCGGCGAACAACGUCACGUGCGAGGUGGACGAAGACGACCCGUGCGUGCCGCUGCGCUGCCAGCACCACUGCUUAAAGAACAGCGACUCGUACGUGUGCACAUGCAAGCAAGGCUUUAACGUGGCGGAGGACGGCAGGACGUGUGUGGACUUCAACGACUGCAAGGACGCGCGCCAGUGUCCCGGGAAGAACUUAAAGUGCGUCAACGCGGUCGGAGGGUUCUGGUGCGAGUGCGAGGACGGAUACAGGCUGAGCAACGGCCAGUGCACAGACGUGGAUGAGUGCGCGUCCGCUCCGUGCGAGCACGAAUGCCACAACACGGCGGGAAGCUACACGUGCUCGUGUUUUAACGGUUACGCGCCGGAUCCAGGCGCGCCGGAGAAGUGUAGACUGUACUGCGGUGUGGAGGAGUGCGCGGCCGUGUGCGACCCAAACAAUCACUUGGAAUGUUACUGUCCGGAUGGGUACGUGUACGACGAGCGGGAACAGCACGUGGUCUGCGUCGACAUUGACGAGUGCCUGUUUGGUUACUGCGAUCAAAGGUGCCAGAACACGUACGGCGGCUACGUGUGCUCCUGCUACCCCGGGUACACGCUCGUGAAGCACUACAAGUGCGUCAAGAGUGAGGACGACACGGACACGGACGGGUGGGAGGGAUCCGGUGCGUCCACCACGACCCCACCUGUCCUCACGACGACCGGCGUAAAGAAGCCCCCGGAGCCCACCAGGAGGCCCACGCAGUCCUCAGCGGGGAAACUGGCGGGCAUCAUCGUGGGCGUGGUGUUCGUGGUGCUCUUGCUCGUGUUUGUGGUGCACCACGUCCUCAAAGGCCGAGAGUGGCAGUACGUCGACGCGCACGCUCUCCACCAUGUGACGAGCGACAAGGAGCUUCCAAAGGACACUCAGUAGACAAAAUUAUUUUUUAAUGCCUGGAUUUACAGACUAAAUGAAAACUGUCGUAAAAAAGUAGCAAUUUGUGUGACAAAGAAAGAAAAAAUUGUGAAAGUUUAUAUUAAAUUAUCAGAUUUAUGACCC